AUGGCAAGCACACAGGACGACAUUCCCUAUGAUGGGGAGAAACACACUACGGCAGUGACUGCAUCUAUUCAAUCCGAGCCUCAGAGCAAAGAAAUCACGUUUGCUCGCGGAGGGAAUGAACAAUAUUAUGCUCCGAAUGAGAAGUAUGAGGGCGCUCAUCGAUAUGACCCCCAAUUUCAGUGGUCUGAACAAGAAGAGAAGCACUUGAUUAGAAGGCUGGAUUUCAAGAUUUGUUCGUGGUGUUGCUUGAUGUUCUUCGCACUCCAGCUAGAUCGAGGCAACAUCACCCAAGCACUGUCCGACAACAUGCUCAAUGACCUUGGUCUAACAACAAAUCAAUACAACUAUGGGCAGACCAUUUUCUACCUGAGCUUUUUAUGUGCCGAGCUGCCGUCUCAGAUGAUUAGCAAGAAGCUGGGACCCGACGUUUGGAUUCCGAUUCAAAUGGUGACAUGGAGCAUUGUUGCCUGCUGUCAAAGCCGAUUGACUGGAGAGUCUUCUUUUUACGCAACACGCUCGCUAAUGGGGCUGAUCGAAGGCGGCUUUAUCCCCGAUGUCGUCCUCUACCUCUCAUACUUUUACAAGGGCAAAGAACUUCCAGUCCGUCUCGCCUUUUUCUGGUCCAGCUUCAUCAUGACCAAUAUCGUGUCUGCAUUCCUGGCAUACGGUAUCCUGCACAUGCGCGGUAUUUCCGGCUGGGCUGGCUGGCGCUGGAUGUUUGCGCUCGAGGGCGGAGUCACUGCUAUUAUUGGCAUCAUGUCCUGGUUUUAUCUGCCGCCUUCGCCUACGGAGACGGCCAGCUGGUUCCGGGGCAAGGAUGGCUGGUUCACGGAGAGGGAGGAGAAAAUCAUGGUAAACAGGAUCCUUCGUGAUGACCCAGGAAAAAGUGAUAUGCACAACCGACAAGGCUUGACACCAAAGCUUCUUUGGCGGGCCAUGAAGGAUUACGAUUUAUGGCCAAUCUACUUUUACGGCCUCACCUGGUCGAUCGGAGUUACUCCCACGACCGCCUAUAUCACCCUCAACCUCAAAUCGCUCGGCUUUGACACAUUUCAAACAAACUUAUUGACCAUCCCGGCCUACGUAGUAUAUCUAUUGCAGCUUUUGUUCUGGACCUGGUACUCGGAGAAGAUUAACAAUCGAUUCCUCGUUGUUCUCAUCACCCAGAUAUGGGUGCUUCCGCUUCUGAUUGCUCUGGAAACACUUUCCUCGAGUGCCAGUCCAUGGGCUUGGUACUCGCUGUCGGCCUUGAUCAUUGGCAACCCCUACACGCACGCCAUUCUCGUCGCCAUCACGUCUAGAAAUGCGGGAACGGUGCGCACGCGGACAGUAGGAAGUGCAUUUUACAACAUGUGUGUCCAGGCCAGCAAUAUCAUCUCGUCAAACAUCUAUCGUGCCGAUGAUGCGCCUCGCUACCGAAGGGGUAACAAAGUACUAAUCGCCAUCACUGCAUUCAACAUGGUCUUUGUCAUGGGGAUGAAGGGUUAUUACAUGUGGAGAAACAAGCAGAAGGAGAAGCAGUGGAACGCCUUGACGGCUGAGCAAAAGGACGAAUAUCUGGCAAACACCACCGACCAAGGCAGUAAGAGGCUCGACUUUAGGUUUGCUCACUAA